CCUCAGAUGCUUCCUUAGCCCCGCCCCCCACCACCUCAGGUGGCCCCACCUGUGCGUGGACAACAAAGCGUAGCGAACAGAACUGCCAUUGUUCGGGACCAGCUCCUAUCAGAUUCAAUGAGAGGAAACCGAUUCACUUUUUGACUUUGUUGUUGUUUUGGUUGACGAUGGGAGACAGGUUUUUAAAGUCGGCUCUACCUGCGCUGGAUUCGUUGCUGGACGACUCCAGCCUGGCGCUACCGGCCGAACCCAGUCCGAGGUCCUCGACCAGGACCGAACCGAGCGACCGGAGCCUCCGUGUUCAGCAGCAGGUUCGGCUCACCCUGGAACGGAAGUCAAAGAGGAGUCUCUCUAAUGGUGGUGUCAGUUUGCAGAGAAAUACAGCGAGAAGUUUAGAUGCUGCUGACGGAUUUUCAUUAAACCCAAAGGUAAAUGGGUCRAGCUUCAUUAGCCGCACCUUAUCCAUGAAUCAUGUGAAGAGACCUUCCAGGAAGGUGGAAAUGUCUCCAAAACACAACCCAGAUUUGUUUCGUAGUGGCCACAGUUACAGCACGUAUCAGCACUGGAUGAAUACAGUCCCAGGACCCGGUCAGUCACACGUUUCCGGGACUCUGAAGUCCUCCGGUAACUCUGAUUCAUUUCAGCGCUAUGCUUUCUCUGAGGCGGCUCGCGGCAAGCGGCUGUCCACACCGAGGACCCUCAGCCACACGCCCUUCAGACAGACCGUUCCAUCGGAGUCUGCCUCUGCACGGUUUCAGCAGCACGCUAAGAACGGCUUCCUGAGCAGUCACAGACAAAACACUGUAAAACAGGAAAAACACAUCGAUCAGAUGUUCGGCUYUCCCUGGACCGAUGAGGGCUUGAUCUGGCCGGUUCAGGUCAAGACAGAUGGCCAGAAGCUCAGGAGACUGAAAUCAUUCCCGCCGGCUGGCGACAGAGCAGAGAGAGGCCCAGAGAGACAACUCAGUGUGCAGCAGAAACAACAUCUCACGACACAGGAAUCGAAGAACAAACCUCCAGAGAUGACGAUGAAGAAGGCUGUGAGCCUUUUGAUCAGCAGUGAUGAGGAGACUCUGAUAAAAGCAGCUUACUUCAUACAAAACCAGUGUUUCCAGAGAGAUGAGGCCAAGAUGACGGUGCUUGAACGGCAGGGGAUCGAACUGCUCCUGCAGCUCCUUAACAACGACAGCGAGGAGGUGCAACGCGCCGCUGCCGGAGCUCUGCGGAACGUCGUCCACAAUAACGAAGAAAAUAAGCUGGAGGUGAAGGACCACGACGGCAUGGUCGUMAUUCUGAAUACUCUGGCAAGCAGCAUCGAUAAGGAGACGAGACGCCAGCUUACUGGUCUCAUGUGGAAUCUCUCCUCUCAUGACGUUUUAAAGGUGUGUUUCCCUGAAAACACAGCUUGCAUCUUAACCAAGUCAAUCCUGGUGCCCAGCUCUGGCAUUUUUGAAGGUGAACACCCAAAGGACGAGCUCCUUGCUGAUGCUAAUGCUUUCUACAACGCCACAGGCUGCCUAAAAAAUCUGAGCUCUGCUGGCCCAGACGUCCGGCGAACGAUGAGGGCGUGUGAGAACCUCAUCGACUCGCUCAUUUACUACAUCCGAGGGACAGUAGCCAACCAAAACACUGAUGACAAGUCUACAGAAAACUGCGUCUGCAUCCUGCGCAACCUGACUUUUCAGUUUUGUCCAGAGAUCCCGCAGCAACACAYGCAGCUCCCCAGAGGAUCUCGACAAAACCCGCCUCCCAAGCAGACGGGUGUGGGCUGUUUUUCCCAUCGCAGCGCCAAAAUCACAAAGGAUGUGGAGCAGCAGCGCCCCCUGCUGGUGGCCAAUCCCAACCCACGGGGCGCAGAGUGGCUGUGGAGCCCCAUCGCCAUGAGGAUGUACGUGUCGCUGGCGGUCUGCAGCACGCGGCCGCUCACGAAGGAAGCUGCCGUCGGGGCUUUGCAAAACAUCACCGCUGAAAAUCAAGGGACAUCCAAAGCCUUCACCGUCCCUUUUUGUCAGCAGGAAAAUAUAUUCCAGCACAUUAAGAACAUUUUAAAAGGGGCGAGCUGUGAUUUACAGAAAACCACCGUCUCUCUCACAGCGAACCUCUCGAACCACAAUGAGCUGCAUCCUCUCAUCGCGAGCCAACUCUUGCAGGAGUUACUGGACGUGCUGCUGGAGACCGACCUGCCCAACGAGACGAUGACUAAUCUGCUCCACGUCCUCGUUCAGCUGAGCAAGACUGACGUGGAAACCGUCAAAGCCGUCCUCAAGCAGGGAGCCCUGAAGAAGAUCCUCAACAUCAGCAGCAAAGACAACGGUCAAGCAAGCAAGAAGGCCUGUAUUCUGCUGCAGAUAAUGUGGGACUACCCUGAAAUGCGCUCGACCCUAAAGAAGAGUGGCUUCAAGAAAUCACAUUUGGUCAACACAAAGACGAAGAAGGUUUCAGAAUCAUCUUAAGUAACAGACUGGAACGUCCCUGAACACCAAAGCUGUGCCACGGUUUUUAUUGGGAUCAGCAAAAAAUAGAAGAAAACUUAUGGAAGUAAUGUUUACUGUAGAGACACUUUGUAAUUUUUUUUUUUUGCUUGAAGUAAACAAGCAGAUUUUCCUUUUUUCUUUUCUUUUUUUAAUAAAAAUUCUGGUAGUUAAACUAACAAAGUUAAUUUAAAGAGACCUAUAAAGCACUUUAGUUACUGAAAUGCAUUAAAUUCACUGCCACGGUGCGUUAUGGUCUGAAAAAACUGACAUAUGAAUGUAGGAAUUUUAGGAAAAGUAGCGUUUUUGUGUCAAAGAUCACACAUGAAAGUUUGAAGUUUUGUUUUUAUUGGCAGCUCAACGGUUAAAAACACAUUUGAAGCAGUUCAGCACUAUACAUUUCAUUUUGCAGAAUGAAGUAAUAAAUGAAAGAACAGCUUUUUAAAAAAGCAAAUGAAAUGUCUCAAACUGAUGUAUUUUAAGUGUGACAUUAAAACCAAGUAUUGUUUUCAGAAA